CUUACCUAACCGGGCUAACCCUAGCUACUCUUCAUCAUCGCACAACCCACAAACCACAACCCACAGCGCCGCACCCCACGACGCCCACCGCCCACCGCCCACCGCCCACAGCGCUGCACCCCACUUGUCGCCCAGUGCCCACUCCCAGACCGUGAAAGGUCUCUCUGGGUCUCUCUUUCAACGCACAAUGAAAAGCACAGGAGACUCUCCCAAAAGUCGAUCAAGGAAGGGGAUUGUUGUUCGGUGGUGGCGUUCGCGGUGGCCUCGUUUCUUUUGAAUGGGGCUAUAGUCGAUUGCUUAGAAUAUGGGGUUUCUCUUAAGAGAAUAGAGAUGAUCUGGUGUGGACGUGAACCUUCAUAUUGGUGUUCCAAGCUGAGGUUUUGAGCUUUGCUUUCCAAUUUCACUAUGACUCUGCUUGAAGUGAUAGAAAAGGCCGCAGCCAAUUCCGAGCCACUCGCCUCACAAUCCGAGUACCCUAUUGUUCUCAACCCAGAUGAUGUUUUGCUCAAUUUGAGGCCCAAACUUGAAGGCCCAAAUCCUGUUUUGCUCGUCAACCCCGUUGUGGGUUGGCAAAUCUCGCAGACUGAUUCUGAAGUAGUAGAUUUGGGCAAGAAAUUCUUUUCAAAGUUAAAGCGGAAGCUCAAGAACCCAAAUGAUUUUGAUAAGGUUGAGUUUAUUCAAACUUUGAAUCAGUUUCUUGAGAAAAUCAGGGACAAAUUUGGAGUUUCCAUUGGGAUUGAUUCGUCCAAUAAUGGGUAUACUCAGAUGUUGAUUGAGAAGCUAGGGUCUUUGAUGGGAAAAGAUGUUGGUGGUUUGGUUUUGGACGCAUCCGUGGUUUUGGAGACUUGGGAAUUGGUCGAGACUUUGAUUGUUAAUGGACUUGUUGAGCAUUCUUGUUAUUCGAAUUUGGUCAAUAGACUUGUGGCAAAGAAGAGGUCAGACUUGAUUUGUGUUUGUAUUAAGCAUGCUUCGGAUCUUGGGGCGUCGGAAUUACUUGCCAUUUUGAAGUAUUUUCUUUGUCCUCCAAAAGAUGCUUAUAGUAGCAUGGUGAAUGUGAGGAAGGAAUGGGAGAAGCAGGCUUUGUCAGCAAUUGAGAAGGCAAGUGAUAAGAGUCUCACAGGGAAGAAAGCGAGCUGGGCAAAGGAUGCUUCAAUUUUGCUUAUGAUGGCGCACGACGGGUUCUCGGCUCCUGAGCUUUGUUUGCACUACUUGCUGGCCUCAUCAAAUGUUGAUGCGGUGAUACUAUCGUCCUCCAUCAAUAAGUUGAGUGGCAAAGAGAUGAUGAAAUUGAUUCAGUAUUUAGGGAAGUGGUUGAAGAAGUAUGAGAGGUUUCCUCAAGCAGUUCCAUGUUCUGAAACGUCAUCUAAGUUGGGUUUGAAGGCCUGCAGUUGGGUUCCUAAACUUGAAGAUGUCAUCAACUGUCUUGGGUUGGUGCUGGAUGAAAAGUUUUCUUCGCUAGUGUUGCAGCCGGAGUCUCAUCAAGAGCUGAGAUCUAUGGAGGGAAUGGUUAGUUCUUUAGCCUCAGAAGCCAGACUAUGUUGUUUGAUGGCUAAUGUAGUUGAGAAGCUGAAAGUUGAAGUUUGAAGCCCAUAGAACUAGGAACUGUCACUAAUAUCAAUGCUCCUGGUAUUGCAUUUGCAGAAUUUGGCCUGGCCUAUACUGUCAGUAAUUUUUUGCGUUUCUUUUCUCCUUUGGGGAUGUUGCUUUGUCAGGUUUAAUCUGAACUUUUGGAUGGCAGCCUAAUGCUGAGUUCUAAUUUAUACAAAUGGGAUGAAUCUUAGACAAGGUCUUAAUUUUGGACCGGAAAA